CCUAAUACAGGUAAAUUUAUGCACACAAAGAAACAGUACACCAAAUUGGUUCAAUCAUAGAGUAGUAGUAGCUACUUUCGUGUUCUCUUCACUCUGUUUUGUAGAAGGCUCUCUCUGUUUCUCUCUACCAGUGUAGAAGUUCCAUCUGCAACUCAGCUACCUGUUGCUUCUUCAUUUUGCAUAAGACAAGUAUUUGUUGUCUUCAAACAUCAUUUUUCUUUCUAUUUUUCACUUAUUGAUUUUGGGUUUUCUUGCUACUCCUUUUGUUACUUACAUAAUUUAGCAGUUUGACUCUUAUUUUUCUUCAAAGAAUCCUAAUUACAGAAUCUUGAAUUUAACCUGUAGUUUAUAGGUUCUAUUUGAAUUAAGUGUCUUUUAAGUUGUUACCAAAAUACUAUUGGUAAUUUGUAAUUUUCUGAAUUUGGGGUUAUCUGGAUUGUUCAAAUCUGAAGGUUUUUCUAAGACCCACCUUGUAAAGAUUCAAUCUUGAUUAGAAUUUCAAGUGAUUUGGGCGUUUUGAUAGAGGUUCUGGAAGCUUCCUGUGUGGUUUCAAGCUAAAAAAUGGAACCCCCAUCUUCUGAAAGUCAGGCCAAUGUGUCUUAUAAUAGUUAUUACCUUGUAUAUGCUGUUUUGCCAUUGUUGAAGCUCUUAUGUUUAACUGUUAUUGGUCUGAUUCUUGCACAUCCAAGAACCCAAUUAGUUCCUAAAGCUACUUUUAAGCUUCUUAGUAAGCUUGUAUUUGCGCUUUUCUUGCCUUGUACUAUCUUUAUUCACCUUGGUGAGACUAUUACUGUCAAGAAUUUUAUGCGCUGGUGGUUUAUACCAGCUAAUGUGCUUCUCAGUACUGCAAUUGGUUGUCUGUUGGGGUAUUUGGUGGCAAAAAUUUGUAAGCCACCUCCACAGUAUUUUAGGUUCACUAUCAUUGCGACUGCGUUUGGGAAUACGGGCAAUUUGCCUCUUGCUAUUGUUGGAUCAGUGUGUCAUAGUAGUGACAAUCCUUUUGGUCCAGAUUGCUACACGACUGGUGUGUCUUAUGUAUCGUUUUCUCAAUGGGUGGCGGUCCUGCUCGUCUACACUCUUGUUUACCAUAUGAUGGAACCCCCAAUUGAGUACUUUGAUGUUGUUGAUGUGGGUGGUGAGAUUCAGGAGCAAUUACCUAGUAAUGAUUUAAGUAGGCCACUUCUAGUGGAAGCUGAGUGGCCUGGUAUGGAAGAUAGAGAAACUGUGCAUUGCAAGACACCCUUUAUUGCACGGGUUUUUACAAGUGUCUCAACCCUUUCGUAUAGUUCCAUUCCAGACCCUGAUAGUUUGGAGGAAGCGUCAGCUCCAACAAGUCCAAAAUCUAUUAGAUGUUUAGCGGAGCCUCGGGUGGUUAGAAAAUUAAGAAUUGUUGCUGAACAAACUCCAGUUCGACAUGUUCUCCAGCCUCCAAUGUUUGCUAUAUUGUUGGCAUUUAUUGUUGGAAUGGUUCCACCCAUUAAAUCUGUUGUUUAUGGUAAGGAAGCUCCUCUUGAGUUCCUCACAGACAGUUUAAAUAUACUAGCUCAAGCUAUGGUGCCUUCAGUUAUGCUGAUUCUAGGAGGAAUGCUUGCUGAGGGUCCAAAUGAAUCUGAACUUGGGGUUCGAACCACUGUUGGCAUCAGCGUAGCUAGACUUUUGGUCCUUCCUUUGCUGGGAACAGGGGUGGUCUAUUUGGCUGAUCAACUGAACUUUUUAAUCCAUGAUGAUAGGAUGUACCAAUUCGUUCUUUUGCUGCAGUACACAACACCAAGUGCCAUAUUGUUGGGAGCAGUUGCUAGCUUGAGAGGUUAUGCAGUCAGAGAAGCUUCAGCAUUGCUCUUCUGGCAACAUGUGUUUGCUCUCUUCUCUAUUUCUAUAUACAUUAUUGUCUACUUCAAGCUUCUGCUUUCUUAUGUCUGAGGUUUGUUCACAAUAUUCAUGUCAAUUUUUGAGUUCCUAUGUAAUAAGCGACGUGUCAUUAGUGGUGAUCAUUUCAGUGUUUCUACUUGUUUUCAGUGCAUUAUUUAAUCAACUGAUGUACUAAACUUGUAUGUGAAGGGUCUCUAAGUUCUGUACUUGAUUACCUAUUCCAACAAACUACUCAUAUGUAGUGUGUGCCUUAGCUUUUCUA